UCUUUUUGUUUUUGGCCUCUGCAGAGUUUAAAACUCAGAAAAAGCACCAAGGGGAGAAACAGGAUAUGGAAAUCUUUCCAGGGAAGAUAAGAAGGCUAUGGAAUUUAUGGGAACUCAGGUACUUGGUUCUCAUUAGCCUCUUCAUUCAGACUCUCCUCAUCUCCUUUGCAAGUGUCCGAAAGCAUACAGCAGCCAGAAAGAUCAGCUUCCUUAUUUGGUCCUGCUACUUGUUAGCCGAUUGGGUUGCAACUUUGGCUCUUGGUGUCCUUGCUGAGUGCGUGAAUAACAAGUCUAAUGGUGAUGAUCAUCAGUCAGCAUGGAACGAUAAGGAUGACCUUAAAGCAUUUUGGGCACCUUUUCUUCUACUACACCUUGGUGGCCCAGACAACAUCACAGCUUUCUCAUUAGAAGAUAAUGAGCUUUGGUUGAGGCAUUUGCUUGGACUUCUAUUCCAGGUUGGAACAGCACUUUAUGUCUUCAUCAUGUCGUUGCCUGUACCUACUUGGCUUUGGGUGAUCACCAUUCUAAUGUUCAUGGGGGCAAUCAUUAAGUACGUAGAGAGGACAUUGGCUCUCAUGAAUGCAAGCCGAGACUAUUUUAGGAAGUCCAUGGUCACUGAUCCUGAUCCAGGACCUAACUAUGCAAAAUUCAUGGAGGAAUACUCUUGCAAAAGGAAUGCCGGGCUCGUUGUAUCGAUUGCCCGUGAAAAGGAACCUGAAUCACAGCUGCCUUCUAUUCCGGAUAUUGAUGAAAAAUCGAAUGAAGAUAGCAGCAAAGUUGAAAUAGAGCUCAUAUCAAAAGCUCAUCAUUUCUUUCAGAUAUUCAAGCGUCUUAUUGUUGAUCUCAUCCUCACUUUCCAUGAUAGAAAUGAAAGUCGAUCCUUCUUCUUCACAGAAAAAAGUUGGGAGAAAGCUUAUAAAGUUAUUGAGAUUGAACUUGGGUUUUUGUAUGAGGUUCUAUACACCAAGGCGGCUGUGGUUCAUACUUUGAAAGGUUGGAUUCUCCGCUUCACCAGUGUCUCCUCCAUUAUUGUUGUUUCCAUUAUCUUCUUUGGGUUUACUGAUAAGCAAAGAUAUGACAAGAUUGAUGUAAGAAUAACAUACGUCUUACUGAGUGGAGCUAUUGCUCUAGAGAUCUGGUCACUGGCUCGAUUAUUCGUCACAGACUGGACCAUUGUUUGGAUGAAGAAGAAGAAAAAUCUCAAUCGAUUUACCAGAAUUGUGUUUAUAGUUCUUUCUUGGAAAAGACCACCCAACCGAUCAAGGUGGUCUAAUUCCAUGGCUCAGUACAACUUGAUCAAGUUUUGCCUCAAAGAUCAGCAGCCAUUCUUUGGGACAAAAGUUAUGGAGCUCAUGAUUCCUCAGUUAAAGGACCUUUUUGAUAAUCACAGGCACAGAAGUUACAUAGAAAUUUCUGACGACCUUAAGAAAUUCAUCUUCGAUGCUCUGAAACGCAUGUUGGAACAAGCAAGAGAUUAUGAGUCUCUCAGGCGUUUAAGAACUUCUAGAGGUCAAUUGGCACUAAACGGGAAAAAUGAUGGGAUACUAGAUAAUAGCAUCAAUGCUGAAUUUGAUGAAAGCAUUUUGCUUUGGCACAUAGCUACAGAUAUCUGCUAUUAUUUGGAUGGAGGAGUAGAAGAUGUAGAGCAUCCUCAACCCAAAACAGUGCUGACCAACCUGCAGAAAACAAGUAGAGACAUAUCCAAUUACAUGUUAUAUCUUCUUGUAUCACGUCCUUCUAUGUUGACUGCAGGAAUUGGACAAAUCAGAUUUGGGGAUACCUGUGCUGAGGCCAAAAGGUUUUUCCAUCGAAGAGGGACAGAAACUAGUGAGAAACAAGCCUGUACAAGGCUGAAUAAGGUAGACACAGAAGUUCCACCCGUACAAGUGAAAGGUGAUAGAAGUAAAUCUGUAUUAUUUGAGGCAUCCAGGGUUGCAAAAUCAUUGUUAGUACAUGAGCCUAAUGUAGUAAAGAGAUGGGAGAUGAUAAGCCGUGUGUGGUUGGAGAUGCUCUGCUAUGCAGCAAGUGAAUGCAGAGGAUAUUACCAUGCUCAAAGACUUAGUGCUGGGGGAGAGCUUCUCACUGUCGUUUGUUUUUUAAUGGCUCAUCUUGGUAUAGGAGAGCAAUAUCGUGUUGAAUCAGGCCAUGCUCGAGCUAAGUUAAUUGUAAAGAUGUAAUAUGUA